GUUACUGGAUAUUUCAGAGUAAAAGUUGAUGUUCUUAAGGAAUUUAUCAGCUUUACACAUACACAACAGAUCCACGUCGACAUCCUUGCAGCUCAGACUUGUAUUUUGAAAACAAACCCUACUCGGAAGUGCAGCGUUAUCUGACUUCAACUAAUAUUGCCGGGUUCACGCUAUUAUCCUCUGUUUUAGACGGCGAGACUGAUAAGGCCAUGUCUUCUGAUGCUCUGAAGAAGCGCAAGCCCAAAGUGAUCCGAAGUGAAGGUGGCACUCCUGAGAAUAAACGCUCUCGGGGAGAAGGAGACCAGGAAGUGCGAACAUACAAUGAAGAAGUCGAAUUGGAAAGCAGAGACCCUGAGCAGGAUUAUAACCUGUAUAAAACCACCUGUGAAGCACUAGCUAAUCUAAUGGGUGAAAUCCAUGAUCUCAAGGCCAGUGGAGCGAAAGAAGAAAGUCCAGAGGUUGAGGCAAGACGCAGAGAAGGCUGUAUUCAUUUCAUUACACUGAAGAAGCUGAAUCGUCUUUCACACAUGAGACUAAAGAAAGCACGGGAUCAGACACAUGAGGCCAAGCAGAAAGUGGACGUCUUGCACCUACAACUUCAGAAUCUGCUCUAUGAAGUCAUGCAUCUUCAAAAAGAAAUUGGCAAAUGCCUUGAAUUCAAGUCCCAGCAUGAGGAGAUUGAAUUGGUUAGUGUGGAUGAAUUUUUCAAGGAGGCUCCAGCUGAAAUCUCUCGCCCAGACAUCACCAAAGACGAUUCUCACCAGCUCACACUCGCUCGGCUUGACUGGGAGCUGGAGCAGAGAAAGAGGUUGGCUGAGCAGUACAAGAGCUCUUUGUGCACUAAGGAAAAGAUUCUAAAAGGAAUCGAGUUAAAGAAAGAAUAUCUCAGCAGUCUACAGCCAGGCCUUCAGGCCAUCAUGCAGGCAUCUCUGCCCGUGCAGGAGUAUUUGUCCAUGCCGUUUGAGCGUGUGCAGAAACAAGCUGAAGUUGCCCGUCACCUUCCCCCUCCUCUAUAUGUGUUAUUUGUGCAGGCCAAUGCUUAUGGACAAGCAUGUGACAAGAAUCUGUCUGUAUCUAUCAGUGGGGAUGUGGAUGAAGCCAAAGAUCUGUCCAGAGCACCUGAGGACUCACAAGAGGACGAGAGUGAUUCUGAUGCAGAGGAAGAACAGCAAAAUACUAAAAGACGACGAGCUACAGUUGGCGUCCAGUUAGAUGACAAGCGUAAAGAGAUGCUAAAGCAGCAUCCGCUCUCACUGUGCAUCGACCUCAAGUGUAAAGAUGGCAGUGUAUUGCAUUUGUUCUUCUAUUACCUAAUGAACCUCAACAUUCUUACUGUGAAGACUAAAGUCUCUGCUUCGUCUGACCUCUCAGGAGCUAUCAGUGCUGAGGAGCUGCUGAACCCAGAGUCUCUGUUAAACUGCCUUUAUGCAGCUGACGAUGGCAAAGAAACACCCAAUCCAACCAACCGCUACCAGUUUGACAAAGUGGGCAUCAUUACUUUUGCUGAUUAUGUUUCUGAACUUGGACAUCCAUACAUUUGGGUGCAGCAUCUUGGUGGAUUGCAGUUUUCUAGUGACAGCCCACAGACGGAAGGGGCAGUCAGCUCUCUCAGUGCCAGUCAUAUGGAGAACACCAUGAAGCUGCUACGAGGACGGCUGCUGUCACGUCUGGCACUACACAAACAGUUUAGUUCACUAGAGCACAGCAUUGUCCCAGUCUCCAGCGAGUGUCAGCAUCUCUUCCCAGCAAAAGUGGUUUCUCGUUUAGCUCGCUGGACCAUGAUGAGCUACGAGGAUUUUACGGAGCUGAGCUUUGUGCAACAUGUGGUAAAUGCUGGCCUGGUGCGGGAGACUGACCUGUUCUUUAUGACAAUACUGGAAAGGGGAACAGCUCGUCUGCAGGCUGCAGUGGUGUUGAAUCCUCGCUAUCCAGAGAUCACUCCUCUUUUCUCUCUGUCACUUCUCUGGAAAGGAGAGCGCAGUAGCCGGACGGAUGAUAACCUGCGGGCAAUGGAGAGCGAGGUGAAUGUGUUCAGGUCUGAGCUUCAAGGACCUAAACCAGGCCUCCAGCUCCUGACAAAUCAGAUCCAACGUCUGUGCAUGUGCCUGGAUGUUUAUCUGGAGACUGAAAGCCAAGUGUGUGAUGGUUCAGAGGGUCCAAGAGAGUUUCCAAGGGAGAAGAUGUGCUUGCGUGCUGUGAGGGGCCCUAAUCGUCUGAAGCCUUUUAAGUACAACUACCCUCAGGGAUUUUUCAGCCAUCGCUGAACAUAAACCCUUUGGUUCUUUUCCUACUACUUUGUUGUUUAGAUCUUGAAUUAUUUUCCAAAGGAUUCAUUCCAUGUAAUUUCAUGUUGUAAUGUUUAAUUGUGCAGUUGGAGAAAUUAAAACACUUUGUGAUAAA